AUGAGCUCCAAAAUGGAUGUCUCUGGGGAACAGGACACAAAGAAAGCUGAGAGUGAGAUUCAGAGAGAGAGAGCAGAUACUCCUGAACCCAGCUGUGUGUCCAUGAAGAGUGACGUGUCAAUGGACGUUCCACUAAACUUUAGAAAGGAGGACUGUUCUCCUGAACUGAGAGUCCAGCAGGAGGCAUCACACGAAAGCAAAAGACAUGUGGAGGUCAUCUUUAAGGAGCUGGAGCACAAAGUCAUCUCUCUGGUAAAGAAGCAUCUGAAGAGGUUUGUAAAGAUCCUGAAUACUCUGGAUCACCCAGCAUGCUCUGGGAGAGAGGCGGAGGAUGAGGAGGAUCAGAGCACUGUCAGAGAGGGGGUGCUGAAGAUCACACUGGACGUCCUAAGAAACAUGAACCAGCCAGACCUCGCUAACACACUGCAGACCAAAAUGGCUCCAUCCUGUCACCAAAAGCUGAAAUCUACACUGAAGGAAUAUUUUCAGAAAAUCAAUGAAGGAAUCUCAAAUCCGGGAACCUCAACCUUUCUGAAUGAGAUAUACACAGAGCUGUACAUCACAGAGGGAGGAAGUGGAGAGGUCAAUAAUGAACAUGAAGUCAGACACAUGGAAGCAGCAUCCAGGAGAUCAGCUACACAGGAGACACCAAUUAAAUGUAAUGACCUCUUUAGAGACCAGUCAAUCAGAACUGUGCUGACUAAAGGAAUUGCAGGAAUAGGAAAAACAGUCUCUGUACAGAAGUUCAUUCUGGACUGGGCUGAAGGAAAAUCCAAUCAAGAUGUUCUCUUUAUAUUUCCACUUCCUUUUAGAGAGCUAAAUCUAAUGAAAAAUAAAACACUCAGUCUGGUGGAUUUUCUUUAUCAAUUUUUCAAAGACUCAAAAGAAUUAAAACCAAGAAACUAUCACUGUUACAAAGUCAUGUUCAUCUUUGAUGGUCUGGAUGAAUGUCGACUUCCUCUAGAUUUCCGGAACAAUAACAGAGUAUCUGAUGUAACACAGCCAGCCUCAGCAGAUGUGCUGCUGACAAACCUCAUCCAGGGGAACCUGCUUCCCUCUGCUCUUCUAUGGAUAACUACUCGACCAGCAGCAGCCAAUCAGAUUCCUCCUGACUGUAUUGACCAGGUAACAGAGGUACGAGGGUUCAGUGACACUCAGAAAGAGAAAUACUUCAGGAAAAGGAUCAGAGAUCAGAGCCUUGCUGAAAGAAUCAUUACACACAUGAAGUCCUCCAGAAGCCUCUACAUCAUGUGCCAUAUCCCAGUCUUCUGCUGGAUUUCUGCCAAUGUUCUAGAGGGAAUGUUGGAUGAAGCAGAGGGAGGAGAGAUCCCCAAGACUCUGACUCAAAUGUUCACAUACUUCCUUAUCUUUCAGAUCAAACACUGCAGCCAGAAGUACCAAAGAAAAAGUGACAUUGAUCUUGACCAGACUAGAAAAAUUAUUCUGGCUCUGGGAAAACUGGCUUUCCAACAGCUGGAGAAAGGAAAUUUGAUCUUCUAUGAGGAGGACCUGAGAGAGUGUGACAUUGAUGUCAGAGAAGUGUCCGUAUACUCAGGAGUGUGCACCCAGAUCUUUAGACAGGAGUUUGGGCUGCACCUGGGGAAGGUUUUUAGCUUUGUGCAUUUGAGUGUUCAGGAGUUUCUGGCUGCUUUAUAUGCAUUUCUGUCCUUUAUCUCCAACGACAGAAAUGUGCUACAACAGAAACACAGUGGAUUAUUUGGUUUCUCCAAAAAGGAAACAGCAUCUGACUUUCUGAAAAGAGCAGUGGACGAGGCCUUGCAGAGUGAGAAUGGACACCUGGACCUUUUCCUUCGCUUCCUUCUGGGUCUCUCGCUGGAGUCCAAUCAGACUCUCUUACGAUGCCUUCUGACACAGAGAGAAAACAUCUCUCACAGCAAUAAGGAAGUAGUGGAGUACAUCAAGCAGAAGAUCAAGGAGAAUCCUUCUCCCGAGAAAACGAUCAGUCUGUUCCACUGUCUGAAUGAACUGAAUGAUCUUUCUCUAGUGCAGGAAGUCCAAACAUACCUGAACAGUGGAGGUUCCAUGGGUCUCCGAGGAGUUAAGCUCACUCCUGCUCAGUGGUCAGCUGUGGCAUUUGUGAUGCUGAAUUCAGAAGAGCAGCUAGAUAAGUUUGACCUGAGUAAAUAUGACAGGUCAGAACAAUGUCUUCUGAGGUUGGUACCAGUGGUAAAAGCAUCCAGAAGAGCUGAGCUGUAUAGGUGUAAGCUCUCAGAGAAAAGCUGUGCAUUUCUGGCCUCAGCUCUCAGCUCAAACUCCUCAAGUCUGAGAGAACUGAACAUGAGUAAUAAUGAACUACAGGAUUCAGGGGUGGAGCUGAUCUCUGCUGGGCUCAAGAAUCCACACUGUAAACUGGAGAAACUUAGGCUGGCUGAUUGUAAUCUGUCAGAGAAAAGCUGUGCAGUUCUGGCCUCAGCUCUCACUUCAAACUCCUCAACUCUGAGAGAACUGGAUCUGGGUGAUAAUAAACUGCAGGAUUCAGGAGUGAAGAUGCUCUCUGCUGCACUGGAGAAUCCACACUGUAAACUGGAGAAACUGGAGCUGUAUGAGUGUAAUCUGUCAGAGAAAAGCUGUGCAGUUCUAGCAUCAGCUCUCAGCUCAAAUUCCUCAACUCUGAGAGAACUGAAUCUGAGUAAUAAUGAACUGCAGGAUUCAGGAGUUGAACUGCUCUCUGCUGGACUGGAGAAUCAACACUGUAAACUGGAGAAACUGGAGCUUGUUUGGUGUAAUCUGUCAGAGAAAAGCUGUGCAGUUCUGGCCUCAGCUCUCAGCUCAAACUCCUCGACUCUGAGAGAACUGAAUCUGGGUGGUAAUAACCUGCAGGAUUCAGGAGUGAAGCUGCUCUCUGCUGGACUGGAGAAUCCACAAUGUAAACUGAAGAAACUGACACUAGUUGACUGUAAUCUAUCAGAGAAAAGCUGUGCAGUUCUGGCCUCAGCUCUCAGCUCAAAUUUCUCAACUCUGAGAGAACUGGACCUGGGUGAUAAUAAACUGCAGGAUUUAGGAGUGGAGCUGCUCUCUGCUGGGCUGGAGAAUCCACACUGUAAACUGGAGAAACUGGAGCUGGUUGGGUCUAAGCUGUCAGAGAAAAGCUGUGCAGUUCUGGCCUCAGCUCUCAGCUCAAACUCCUCAACUCUGAAAGAACUGAAUCUGGGUGGUAAUAACCUGCAGGAUUCAGGACUGAAGCUGCUCUCUGCUGGACUAAAGAAUCCACACUGUAAACUUGAGAAACUGAGGCUGACGAGCUGCAGUGUUACAGAAGGAGGCUGUGCUGCUUUAGCUUCAGCUCUAAAAUCAAACCCCCUACACCUGAGAGAGCUAAGUCUGAGAUUAAAUAAUCCAGGAAAGUUAGGAAAGAAGCUGCUCUAUGAUCUACAGAAGGAUCCACAUUUUAGACUGGAGAAAGUACAGUAA